AUGUCGUCCAACAUUCCCCCCUUUCUACAAAUGAUAGGUCUGCAAAAGACCGAGGACCCAUGGGUGUUUGAAGGCACAUCCCUGCCUCUCCCUCUGGGCAAUUUGCGUCCUAUUGCUUACGGCGGUUUUGCGAUUGCGACGGCGAUCAAUGCAGCAGGGCAGACCAUGCCCAAAGACGGUCACUUUGUGCCGUACUCUCUGACUGGCCACUUCUUGGGUCCUGCGUCGCUCAAAACGCCCUAUGUAUGCGAAGUGCAGCCUGUGCGGGACACACGCACGUUCUGCACGCGUUUUGUUACAGUGAAGCAACGGUCAUCCAAGGGCGAUCUGCGUAGCGUGCUCAGCAUCACCCUUGACUUGAUCAACUCGCCUGACUCCACGAAAGAGGCGCUACAGAAGGCCAAGGAAGCAGGUAUAGAGCCUGCUUGCAAGGGAUCGCUACUUCGGUACGGGGCAUCUCCACCCUGGGUCGUCGAGCAUGCUAACGAUUUGCUGCCCUUUGACAAGAUUAGUGCGCAGCUUGUCAAGUCUGGCGAGAUAGAUGCGUCUGUGGUCAAGAUGCAAUCAGAUUUUCUCGACUUGUGGAACAAGCUCUUUGAAAUGCGGCCUGUGCCGCACAGUGUCCUCUUUCAAAACUCGAUGGGCAUGUCCGACCAGCCCACGACGCAGGACAAACUCGCCAUUACCCAGCGUCGUUCGUUUGAUUGGAUGCACAUGAAUCACCGCUUACCUGCGGUGGAUGGUAGUGAAGGACCCGUACCUGCUGGACCGAAUGGCACGCUGCCUGUCCCUGCAGUGAUUGCCCACAUAGCGGUGAUGGCCUUUGCGUUGGAUGGCGCGAUUGCUUUUGCUCCCCUGUCUUUGGCGAACAAAAGCAUCUUUGAUGCAGAGGCUGCGUCUACGUUGGAAUUUGCACAGCGAUUCCACACCGAUGUGCCGGAUAUGAACCAAUGGCUCCUUCGUGAAAUCCUGCCGAUCAAUGCAGGCUGGCAGCGUACCUAUUCGGAGGCACGGCUCUUUGAUCACGAUGGACAUCACAUCGCAACGUGUUCACAGCAAUGUGUUCUUCGCCCAGCCGAUGGCGACGUCGUUGCGGAGCCAUGGCCUGCACCCAAACCGAUGCCGACCCCUGCCUCCAAGCUAUAG